AUGUCCAAUAAAGAAGCUAUCAAAUUGUACGAGACCGUCAUCGAGGAGGUGAUCAGCGACUCCAGACAAGACUUUGAGAAUAAUGGUAUCGACGAGUCAACUUUACAAGACUUGAGAAGAAUAUGGUGUGAAAAGUUGUCACAGUCGCAAGUGGCCAAGUUCUCGUGGGAUGAGGAAGAAUCCUAUGAGGGUCCAAACUCACUUGCUGCCCAUGCCAGAACUACAGGUGCAGGACUCGAAUUGCCCAAUGUUGCCAGCGGGAAUGAAUUGUCAUAUGGAGCCGUUGCCACCGGAACGAACAACAUUGGGAUCGAGCUUCCUCACAUACAAAGCGAUGAAGAAGACCAUGGAACCGGAUUGAUGUUACCUAACAUCAACCAGGCAGACGGGACUUUUGAGAUGACUGUGUACACCGACAAGGCCCCUGAGUUCAUAGAGUCCUUGAAGGCGGGAAAAAAGAUAAAGCAAGCAGAUGGGACCCUUGAUGACGACGACGACGAUGAGGGUAUCUUCAACGACUCGGACGAUAUCAAUUCCGAUCUCGACGAUGGACUUGAGAGCGAAAAGCUGGACGACGAGGACGGAGACCAAGAGGGCCAGAUCAUGUUGUGCUUGUAUGAGAAGGUGCAAAGAAUCAAGAACAAAUGGAAGUCUACAUUGAAGGAAGGAGUGGCCAAUAUCAAUGGCAGGGACUAUGUAUUCCAGAAGGCCACUGGGGAGUGUGAGUGGUGA